GAGUAUUGAGUAAUGACACCAAGAGUGACAAACUGACAAAUAAUAACAUUCUUAACUUUUUUUGGUUUGGUCAAUCAGACAAUCAUUUUACGUUACUGAUCUAAUAAAAUAUUAUGUGUGAUACAUCUGCUAAGCUGUAAAAUAAUGAAACCUCGGCCUUGUGGCUGUAAGGGUGCUAGAACGUGUUUAAUUUGUGAAACACAGUACGGUGCCAAUGACUUCAAGCCUUUGAUAGAGCUGGAUAAGAGUAAAGGUUAUGUUUACUGCCCUUUUUGCAACCUAGCUUGGCCUGGUUGGGAUGGAGAAUUAUAUAAAGAACAUCCGAACCACACAGGGCAGCCAAUUAAAUACGCAGGUAUUUAUAUUAAACUAGAUUUUAUAUCAGAAGAUGAAGAAAAUGAACUCAUGAAAAAUAUUGAUGAGAUGCCUUGGGAUAUAUCUCAGAGUGGACGUCGCAAGCAAAACUUUGGGCCAAAAACUAAUUUUAAAAAAAGGAAAAUAAGUGCUGGUAAAUUUAAUGGUUUUCCCCAGUUCUCUAAAUAUCUUCAGGAAAGAUUUGAUUCAAUUGAUUUAUUAAAAGGUUAUCAUGUUAUUGAGCAGUGUUCCUUAGAGUAUGAUCCUGUCAAAGGGGCAUCUAUUGAUCCACAUAUUGAUGAUUGCUGGGUGUGGGGGGAGCGAAUACUUACAUUGAAUUGCUUGACAGAUACUGUCCUUACAAUGAUACCUUUUAAGGGAGAUACAAAAAAGUACAAUUUAUCUUGUGCUGAAGAAUAUCCCCCAAUAAUUAAAGAAGAUGGAAGUCUCAAUUUACAAUUGCAGAGAUGUAGUCAUAGUAUGUAUGAAGCUUGUAGACCUCAGAGGCAAUUGGAUGUCAUAGUACGGAUACCAAUGAUCAGACGUUCCUUAGCACUUAUGUAUGGAGAGCCACGGUACCAUUGGGAGCACUGUAUUCUCAGAGAAGACAUUCUUGCUCGACGUGUAUGUAUAGCUUACCGUGAAUUCACACCAAUAUACUUAACAAAUGGUCAACACCAAUCUAGCGGAGAUGAAAUCCGAUCAAAGGCAAAACAGUUUUGGGAUCAUAGGUGUAGUAGUGAAUAAGAAUUAUAGACAAUAAAACAGUAUUUAUCUAUUUAUUAAAUAAUG